AUAAUUUAUAGAAAUAAUGACUACGGUGGAGAGUGCGAGGAUCAAGACUAAAACCCGAUCAAGCAACCAAGAUAUAAUCUAGGACCUGAUCUACCGCUCAGCACCUCAAGAAACAAUCUAACUGAUCCCGCGUGCAAUAUCUUGUAACCAUGGCAACCUUCUCCAUCUACGACAUCACCCCCGAGAUUGAGAAAAUGGCAAAGAAGUUUGAGUUGCCCCCAGAGGAAAUCGCUGAACUUAAAGAAGCGUUCAAUCUAUUCGAUAAGGAUAGCAAUGGCACGAUAGAUAGUGAGGAGUUACGAGAAGUAAUGACUCAAUUAGGACAGGCCCCCUCUCCACAAGAACUUGUUGAUAUGAUCCACGAGAUAGACGCAGACAAUAACGGUGUGAUAGAUUUUGAAGAGUUUUUACAAAUGAUGACGAAACAUAAACAAGAUGGCGUCCAUGACGUGAGGACGGAUCUUCAACAAGCGUUUGAGGUAUUCGACACAAACGGCGACGGAGUAAUAUCACGUGACGAGCUACAAAACAUGAUGCUUAACUUAGGAGAGAAACUCAAUGACCGAGAAAUAGAUGCCAUGAUAAAAGCAGUGGACACUGAUGGUGAUGGCAUGGUAAAUUUUGAGGAGUUUGUGAAGCUUUUGGAGUAAAUCUUUAUGGGAUGUAGAGUAUAGAUGUAUCUGAAAGUGUUGG